AUAACGACAGAUGUCUCGCUGGCUGUGAGGGAAGCAGGAGGGGUGCGCGCUGAGCAGAAACGCACGGUUUCAUAUUGGACCUCAGGGAGCGAGCAGGAACGGGCGCAGCUGUCAGUCGCGAGCUUGCCUCCUCAAUUCAAAGCUAUUCUUGCAGAGGGGGAAGAACAACCAUCCGACUCUCCUCACCACAUCGCUUUCAAGGGAUCAUCUUAGCAGCAAACCAGAACUCACCAUGGGAGCUAAGCUGAGCAAGAAGAAGAAGGGGUACGAUGUCAGCGACCCGAAGGACAAGAAGGAGGAGACGGCAGUCGUGGCCCCGGUAGAACAGAAGGUGGAGGCGGCUGAGGCUGCACCCGAACAGGCUGAGGCAGCCCCCACUACUGAAGCUGCAGCUCCUGCGGCAGAGGAACCGGCUGCAGCGGCCGAGCAGGUAGCCGAGACAGCCGCUGCACCGGAAGAGCCUGCUGCUGAACCGGCCGCAGCACCCGAGGAACAGACUGCAGCCGCACCCGAGGAACCUCCAGCGGCCGCACCUGAAGAGCCCCUAGCGGCCGCACCCGAGGAACCUCCAGCAGCCGCUCCCGAGGAGCCUCCCGCAGCCGCUCCCGAGGAGCCUCCCGCAGCCGCUCCCGAGGAGCCUCCCGCAGCCGCUCCCGAGGAGCCUCCCGCAGCCGCACCCGAGGAACCUGCAGCAGCGCCAGAGGAACCGGCACCCGAGGAACCUGCAGCAGCACCCGAGGAGCCUCCAGCAGCUGCACCUGAGGAACCUCCAGCACCCGUUCCAGAGGAACCUGCAGCAGCACCAGAGGAACCGGCACCCGAGGAACCUGCAGCAGCACCUGAGGAACCUCCUGCAGCAGCACCCGAAGAACCAGCAGCUGAGGAACCUGCAGCAGAACCAACGCCAGAGCCAGAACCUGUGCAAGAGGUGGUUGUAGUGGAGGAGAUCGACAUUGUCCAAGAGGUCGUGGGCGAUGUGGAAGUCACAGAAGUGAUUGAAGUCACGCAAGUCACCUUAGCUGCUGCUGCUCCAGAGCCAGAACCUGAGCCAGAACCUGAGCCUGAAGCCGAACCCGAACCAGAACCACAGACUGUCACUGAGCCAGAGGAGUCGUCCUCGGCGCCCUCAGAGCCAGAGGUGGCGCCUGCUGUCGAUGCCGCCCCCGUCGAAGCCGAGCCAGAGCCUGCAGCUGCCCCUGAGCCUGAGCCAGAGCCCGUAUCGGAGCCAGAACCUGCCGCUGCUGCCGUCUCAGAGCCAGAGAGCACAGAGCCCACAACAGAAUCCGCCGCCGAGGCUCCUGCCGCCCCGGCCGCCGAAGACCCAGCCGAGCCCAUCCCCGAGAUCGUCAUCUCCGAGUCCGCGUCCACCAACGAACUCUCCGCUGAGGAGCCCGCCGCCGCCGCCGCCUCCGACGCGGCACCGUCGGCACCCAGCGAAGAGGCGCCGGCCGCGCCCCUGGAUAACGGCGAGUGUGAAAGCGCCCCGGAGGAGCCCGCUGCCGCGCCCGUCGCUGUGCCCGCCGCCGUGCCGGAAGUCAACGGCGUGAGCGAGGAGGUGGCACCUGAGCCCGUAUCAGCGGAGGAGCCCGCGGUGGCGGUGGCCGAACAGCAGGCAGCGGAGGAGUGUGUGAACGGCGUGGCGCAGCCCGAGGAGGAGCAGGCCCCUCAGGAGGCCCCCAGUGACUGUGAACUUAAAAAGGACUUGAGCCAGGUGGCGGACGCCCUGAUCCCGGACAUCGUCGAGGCUGCAGUGAGUCAGGUUGUCGACACCAUCUGAGAAAACUAACUUAACGACAGAAAAGAAAAUAAUAACAAAAAACAACUGUGAAUCCUGUUUUAACGAUGCAAACAAACAAACAAAAACACCAACAGACGAGAACAUCAGUAAAUAAACACCUCCUUUUGCAACACACGCCUCUGAAAAUAAAGCUUCAAGCGAACGUGUUGCAGUAACUCAGGCAAAGGAAUUUCUGGUUAGCCAAAAAAAAAAAGAAAUCCAACCACUCAAGAGUUGAGAGUGAGGGGUGAGCAUGAAGAAGAGAGAAAAGUGAGUGAGAUUUGAAUGAGUGAGGGAAAAAAAAUGAGAACGCCACAAAGAGUCCGAGAGAAAGCCCAACGUUUUGGGGUUUUGUGUCUUUUGUGAGGGCUGAGGGGCUGUUGGUCCUGUAGUAGCAAGCUCAGGAGAGACGGAACGCCAGACACAUUUUAGCGAGAUGAAAACUGCUGAGGAGAGAAAGUGAAAGGGGGGAAAAACUGGACCACAGAACAAAAUACUGGACAUUAACAAAGGAAACUAUGAAUGGAAUGAGUAGUCUUGUCUUUGUGUGUGAGCCUGAUGAAUAUUAAGAAAAAAAAUGUUUUAUUGGAUUAGCAUUUAAUAGUAUAUAAUCUAAUUUUGACUUUCACAUAUCCUUUCCGUAACUAUGUAAAACAAGAUUAAAGGAUGAGACCUUUCUGACCUUUCCAUAACAGAGAAGGAAGCAGCGAGGAAUGUUCAUUUUAACUUGAUGGCUUGGCUUAGAAAAUAAAAGAGACUGUUAUACCUUAA